ACGAAGAUGGCGGCCGCGACUGUGGUGGUUCCCGCAGAGUGGAUAAAGAACUGGGAGAAAUCAGGGAGAGGCGAAUUUUUGCAUUUAUGCCGAAUUUUCAGUGAAAAUAAAAGCCAUGAUAGUUCAAGUUACAGAGAUUUCCAGCAAGCUCUCUAUGAGUUAUCAUAUCAUGUCAUUAAGGGAAAUCUAAAACAUGAACAAGCAUCUAAUGUUCUUAAUGACAUUAGUGAGAUCCGUGAUGAUAUGCCCUCCAUUCUUGCUGAUGUAUUCUGCAUAUUAGAUAUCGAGACAAAUUGUCUAGAAGAAAAAAGUAAGAGAGACAAUUUUACACAGUUGGUAUUAGCAUGUUUGUAUUUAGUUUCAGACACAGUUCUAAAGGAACGCCUGGAUCCAGAGACAUUGGAAUCUUUGGGGCUUAUCAAACAAUCACAACAAUUCAAUCAAAAGUCAGUAAAAAUCAAGACAAAACUUUUUUAUAAGCAACAAAAAUUCAAUUUGCUGAGAGAAGAGAAUGAAGGUUAUGCCAAGCUGAUUGCUGAAUUGGGGCAAGAUUUAUCUGGAAAUAUUACUAGUGAUUUAAUCUUAGAAAAUAUAAAAUCUUUAAUAGGAUGUUUUAACCUGGAUCCCAAUAGAGUUUUGGAUGUCAUUUUAGAAGUAUUUGAAUGCAGGCCAGAAUACGAUGACUUCUUUAUACCAUUAUUAGAAUCUUACAUGAGUAUGUGUGAACCGCAAACAUUGUGUCAUAUUCUUGGGUUCAAAUUCAAGUUUUAUCAGGAACCAAGUGGAGAGACUCCGUCGUCUUUAUACAGAGUUGCAGCUGUACUUCUGCAGUUCAAUCUUAUUGAUUUAGAUGAUCUUUAUGUACAUCUUCUUCCAGCUGAUAGCUGCAUUAUGGAUGAACACAAACAAGAAAUAAUAGAAGCUAAGCAAAUUGUUAGAAAACUUACAAUGGUUGUAUUGUCUUCUGACAAACUUGAUGAACGAGAAAAAGAAAAGGAAAAAGAAGAUGAGAAAGUAGAAAAGCUACCUGACAACCAAAAACUUGGUUUGUUGGAAGCCUUGUUAAAGAUCGGUGAUUGGCAGCAUGCACAGAACAUUAUGGACCAGAUGCCUCCAUACUAUGCAGCUUCACAUAAGCUAAUAGCUCUUGCUAUUUGCAGGCUCAUUCACAUAAUUAUUGAGCCUCUCUACCGAAGAGUUGGCGUUCCCAAAGGUGCUAAAGGCUCACCUGUUGCUGCUUUGCAAAACAAGAAAGCACCCAAACAAGCAGAGACUUUUGAAGAUCUGAGGAGAGAUGUAUUCCAUAUGUUCUGUUACCUUGGUCCUCAUCUGUCUCAUGAUCCCAUUUUAUUUGCAAAAAUGGUUCGCAUAGGGAAAUCAUUUAUGAAGGAGUUUCAGUCUGAUGGAAGCAAACAAGAAGAUAAAGAAAAAACGGAAGUCAUCCUCAGCUGUUUACUUAGCAUUACUGACCAGGUACUACUACCAUCUCUUUCUUUGAUGGACUGCAAUGCUUGUAUGUCUGAGGAACUAUGGGGAAUGUUUAAAACAUUUCCAUAUCAGCAUAGAUAUCACCUAUAUGGCCAGUGGAAGAAUGAAACUUAUAACAGUCAUCCACUUUUAGUAAAAGUUAAAGCUCAAACAAUAGACAGAGCCAAAUAUAUCAUGAAGCGUCUAACCAAGGAAAAUGUGAAACCUUCUGGAAGACAAAUCGGGAAGCUGAGCCACAGCAAUCCAACGAUUUUGUUUGAUUACAUCUUGUCACAAAUACAGAAGUAUGAUAACUUAAUAACACCUGUAGUAGAUUCACUGAAAUACCUCACUUCAUUGAAUUAUGAUGUCUUGGCCUAUUGCAUCAUUGAAGCUCUAGCUAAUCCAGAAAAGGAGAGGAUGAAACAUGAUGACACAACGAUCUCCAGUUGGCUUCAGAGUCUGGCUAGUUUCUGUGGGGCAGUUUUUCGUAAAUACCCAAUUGAUCUUGCUGGUCUUCUUCAAUAUGUUGCCAAUCAGCUAAAGGCAGGCAAAAGUUUUGACCUGCUAAUAUUGAAAGAAGUGGUACAAAAAAUGGCAGGAAUAGAAAUAACAGAAGAAAUGACAAUGGAGCAAUUAGAAGCCAUGACUGGUGGAGAGCAGCUAAAAGCUGAAGGUGGCUAUUUUGGCCAGAUCAGAAACACUAAGAAAUCCUCUCAGAGGCUAAAAGAUGCACUGUUAGACCACGAUCUUGCACUUCCUCUUUGUUUGCUUAUGGCUCAACAGCGAAAUGGUGUGAUCUUUCAGGAAGGUGGAGAGAAACACUUAAAACUUGUGGGAAAACUGUAUGAUCAGUGUCAUGAUACCUUGGUACAGUUUGGUGGGUUUUUGGCAUCUAAUCUAAGCACAGAAGAUUAUAUAAAGCGAGUACCUUCAAUUGAUGUGCUUUGUAAUGAAUUUCAUACACCUCAUGAUGCAGCAUUUUUCCUGUCUCGGCCAAUGUAUGCACACCAUAUUUCAUCAAAAUAUGAUGAACUUAAGAAAUCAGAAAAGGGAAGUAAACAGCAGCAUAAAGUUCAUAAAUAUAUCACAUCAUGUGAGAUUGUGAUGGCUCCUGUCCAUGAAGCAGUGGUUUCCUUGCACAUUUCCAAAGUCUGGGAUGAUAUCAGCCCUCAAUUCUAUGCCACAUUCUGGUCAUUGACAAUGUAUGACCUUGCAGUUCCACAAACCAGCUACGAAAGAGAAGUGAACAAGCUUAAAAUACAGAUGAAAGCAAUUGAUGACAAUCAGGAAAUGCCUCCGAACAAAAAGAAAAAAGAGAAGGAGCGUUGUACUGCCCUUCAGGACAAGCUUCUUGAAGAAGAAAAGAAACAGAUGGAACAUGUACAGCGAGUUCUACAAAGACUGAAACUGGAAAAGGACAACUGGCUUUUAGCAAAAUCUACCAAAAAUGAGACCAUCACAAAAUUUCUACAGCUGUGUAUUUUUCCUCGAUGUAUUUUUUCAGCAAUUGAUGCUGUUUACUGUGCUCGUUUUGUUGAAUUGGUACAUCAACAGAAAACUCCAAAUUUUUCCACACUUCUUUGCUAUGAUCGAGUUUUCUCUGAUAUAAUUUACACUGUUGCAAGCUGUACGGAAAAUGAAGCUAGCCGAUAUGGCAGAUUCCUUUGCUGUAUGUUAGAGACAGUGACAAGGUGGCACAGUGAUAGAGCCACAUACGAAAAGGAAUGUGGGAACUAUCCAGGAUUCCUUACUAUAUUACGAGCAACUGGAUUUGACGGUGGGAAUAAAGCUGAUCAGUUAGACUAUGAAAAUUUUCGACAUGUUGUGCAUAAAUGGCAUUACAAACUAACCAAGGCAUCAGUACAUUGCCUUGAAACAGGAGAAUAUACACACAUCAGAAAUAUCUUGAUUGUGCUAACAAAAAUACUUCCUUGGUACCCCAAAGUUUUGAAUCUGGGCCAGGCUUUGGAAAGAAGAGUGCAAAAAAUUUACGAAGAAGAAAAGGAGAAGAGGCCUGAUCUAUAUGCAUUGGCUAUGGGCUACUCUGGGCAAUUGAAAAGUAGAAAGUCAUACAUGAUACCUGAAAAUGAGUUUCAUCACAAAGACCCCCCUCCGAGGAAUGCAGUUGCCAGUGUACAAAAUGGGCCUGGUGGCGGGCCUUCUUCCUCUACUUCUUCAUCAUCGUCUUCGUCGUCGUCAUCAUCGAUAGGAAGUACAUCUAAAUCGGAUGAAAGCAGUACUGAGGAGACUGAUAAAUCCAGGGAGAGAUCUCAGUGCGGUGUGAAAGCUGUUAACAAAGCUUCUAAUGCCACACCCAAAGUGAAUGCCAACAAUGGAAAUAGUGGCUCUAAUAGCAAAACCAUUAAAGAAAAUGACAAAGGAAAAGAAAAAGAGAAAGAGAAAGAGAAAAAAGAAAAGACUCCAGCUACUACUCCAGAGGCCAGGGUACUUGGUAAAGAUGGUAAAGAAAAACCAAAAGAAGAGCGACCAAAUAAAGAUGAAAAAGCAAGAGAGACCAAGGAACGAACACCAAAAUCUGACAAAGAAAAAGAAAAAUUCAAGAAGGAAGAAAAGCCUAAAGAUGAAAAAUUCAAGCCCGCUGUCCCCAAUGUAGAAUCAAAAUCAACUCAAGAAAAGGAAAGGGAGAAGGAGCCAUCCAGAGAAAGAGAUAUAGCAAAGGAGGUGAAAGCCAAGGAAAAUAAUAAAGGAGGAGGAGAAAAACCAGCUGUUUCUGGGCCAAUGAAAUCUCCAGUUCCCCGAUCCGAUAUUGCAGAGCCUGACAGGGAACAAAAACGUCGCAAAAUUGAUUCUCACCCUUCUCCAUCACAUUCCUCAACAGUAAAGGUUACAGCCGCACCUCCCAAUGUUCCUCUGGGUUCUGAGAACUAUGCCAGCUCACCUGUCAUCUCCGUUCAUUUUGUACAGGACAGUCUCAUCGAACUCAAGGAUUCUUCAGCAAAGGCCAAGAAUGAAGUAUUUAUUGGAACAUUAAUACCAGAACUCUACACUAAUCAUACUCCUACACCACUAUCCAAGAGUAAGGAGAGAGAAAUGGACAAGAAAGAUUUGGACAAGUCGAGGGAAAGAUCCAGAGAGAGAGAGAGAAAAGAUGAAAAGGACAGGAAGGAACGGAAAAGGGAUCAUUCAAACAAUGACCGCGAAGUGCCGCCGGACUUAACCAAGAGGCGUAAAGAGGAAAAUGGAACAAUGGGAGUUUCAAAACAUAAAAGUGAAAGUCCAUGUGAGUCUCCUUAUGCAAAUGAGAAAGACAAGGAAAAAAAUAAGUCAAAGUCUUCAAGCAAAGAAAAAGGUGGUGAUUCAUUUAAAUCUGAAAAGAUGGAUAAAAUCUCCUCCGGUGGCAAAAAGGAAUCCAGGCAUGAUAAAGAAAAGAUAGAGAAGAAAGAAAAACGGGAUAGUUCAGGAGGAAAGGAAGAGAAGAAACAUCAUAAGUCCUCAGAUAAGCACAGAUAAUGAAGACUUUCUAUCAAGGGUAUGGACAGACCCCUAAGCUGAAGGUCUCCCAGAGGAGGAUGCCAAAGCUCCAUGCGCCACUCGCAGAAUGAUCUCUCUCAUAAUUAAGAGCUUCUGGUGCUGUCCAUUUAAUGGGAAUCUGCUUUAAACCAGAAGAUGAGUACACACCAUCAUCCUCUUGACGAGACAUUCCAAAGUCACUAAUUUUCAGAACACUUCCACCUCCAGACAGUUUCUUGCAGCAAGGUCCCUGUGUAUGCAGUCUGUAAUUGAGAUCCGCCCUACCAGAAGCAGCAUCUCCUGAAAAUUUCAGUAACUGAACUUUAGCUCAUCCUUCUUUCUCUGAAGAGAGAGGAAAUCGCCCUCCUGGAAGCAAUUCUGUAAUGAUGUAGAUAGAGACUGUCUUUGUGUGCGAACUCUUACUUGUCUGACAAUAUUGAGAUGAUAACAUUGCUUGAGGAUUUGGGCUUCUUGUUAAAAGCAAAAACCUUUUUUGUGUGUUCCCGGGAAAGCACUUCUUUUCAUAUUUUAACAGCAUCAGCAAUUGUAUUCAUUAAUGUGCCCUUAAAUACUUUACCAGAAUUUUCCUUGCCCAUUAAUUCUCCCAGUAUGAGACCAAUUUCUUACCCUUCUAGUUAAUGAUCAUACUGAUAAAUCUCGUUGCUCUUUAUUGGAACAUUCGCCUUUAUUUUUCCAAUUUCCCUAUUGAGAUAACAACAGAAUCACCAUUUAAAGCGACAGAAGGAGAUCUUGUGUCCCUUCGCAGUAAUUCCCAGUUCUCCUCUCUGACCCCUGGAAACCACUAAUGUGCUUCCUUUCCCCCCUAUAUUUUGGUCUAGUUUGGACAUUUCCUAUUAAAUGGAAUCAUGAAAUAUGUUAUCUUUUGUUUCUAGUUUCUCUCACUUAGCAUCAUGUUUUCAAGGCUCUUCUAUGAGGUAGCAUGUAUCAUUCCUUUUUAUGACUGAAUUACCCCAUUGUAUGAAGGUGUACCACAUUUUAAUAUAUUCAUCAAUGAUGAACAGAAAUGAUUUUUAAGUAUUAAAAUUAUGAGUUUAAAAUUAGUGUAUCCACAACUAUAAUUGGUAAUGUUAAGAUUACUCAUGUGAACAGAAUGUUUGUGUAGAAACUAUGUAAAUUAUGUGUCAGCAUUUCAUGGAAGUGCACUGAUUUUUUUUAAAGGCCCCUUGUAGCUCUGGGUUUUGUCAAUUAUGUGAAUGUAGUAUUUUCAUCAAUAAAAGUUAAUGCGUUAAGCAUUAGUUUGAAAAUUGAAUGAGAACAAUGUUAGGCAGAUAGGAAAUUAUUUGCCACGUGUUGUAAUGAUCGUUUUGAAUUUAUUUCAAUAUGCAGUAUUUGAAAAAUGUCAAUACAUGAAAGGAAACGAGUAUAAAUCGAGUCGAUAUAUUUUUAAAGCAAUUUUUAUAAUUUAGCUGACAUUGCAUCUUAAUAUAAGUUACUAUUAAAAUCAUGUCCUUAUAAAAAUGUGAUAUCAUUUCUCUGUUUUAUUUUGUUGGAUGUUGAUCAUAUGAAAUCAGACCCUUUUCAUUGCUACUGCUUGCCUCUGUGGAAUAUUUUAUUUGUUGCUAUUUUUUCUCCACUCCAGUUCUCUCUAUGUCUGUCUCCGCCUGCGCGCUCAUGCCCCCCCCCUCACAUGCAUGCACACACACACACACACACACACACACACACACACACACACACACACAAUGUUCAGCGUUUUUAUAGUCAUCAUAAUGUUCCAAUCUUUAAUGGUUUCUAAGAGUGGACAACAAAAAACACUCAGAAUGUUUUCAGGGCACUUAAUUCAGAUGCUUGUGAAAGAUGGAACUCAUUGACUUCCUUAAAUCAAUUAAUCUCCUUUCUUCUGUUCUCCUUCCUCCUUCCUGUCUUUCUCCCUUCUUGCCCCUUCCUUCCUUCCUUCUUCCUGUCUUUCUCCCUUCUUUCCCUUUCCUUCCUUCCUUCCUUCCAUCCAUCCAUCCAUUCAUCCACAUAAUAACUUUGUUUCUUUCAGGUAAGAUUGGAAGAAAGUGGUUCAGCUGUGACAGAAAUUUAUUUUCCUGAAUAGAUUGCCAAGCAGUUGUGAAUGAUGAGGGCCCAUUUCAUCGUAAAUUAUUUAGUUAUUUACUUUAUUGCUCCAUGCUGAAAAUUAAUGAAUUGUGCAUUACUGUAUUUUAACUUGUUGCUUAAUUUCUACAUGUUUAUUUUCAGUGAAUGACUGAAAGUGUUAACUUCCAUAUUUUUAGCACAAUGUGCUGCAUACAGUUCCCAACAAGCAAAUAAGGUUAUAUGUGUAUAGAAUUUUCCCUUAAUUAAACGUUGCCUGGGUUUUAGUUGUUUUUAAUCUGAAAUGCUUUCUUUUUAUUGGUUGAAACUGAAAAUAAACCGUUAUUGAACCAUUUGAAUUUACCUCAUUUUAAAAUGCAGUUUUAAUUGAUUAUUUGGCUGUUUUUAAAUAUUAGUCACUAAAAACAAAGCAGAAGCAGUGUCUUAUGCAAUGUGUAGGGAUCCUUUUAUAUAGUUUGUGUGUACAACAUUAAAAACCUGUUUAAGCAAGAAAACAAGUACCAGCACUUGGCACUUGCCUUGUAUUUUCUUGUAAUUAUGUUAGUCAAAUCUUAGGGAGAGGGGACUUCUGAAGUUAAUUGUCUUUUAAUUCUACAGCAUCGGAAGCUUUGUAUUGCUGAACAUUCAUCUGGAAAAGUUUCACGGUGACAUUUUUAAAGCGAAUUUUUUUAUCAACUGAAUUCUACCAGUGUAACCUUUUUUCUAAAUAAACCAUAGUUUUCUCAAUUGAUUGUAAA